GGAGACGUGGGCACGCAUAACCAUAAACCAUUAAACCAUCUUUAAGAAUCAACCCUUUCUUUUCACUAUAUUUAAGUUUGGAUGUAAAAUCAUUGACGCCAGAGACAAAGUUCUGUUUAGCGAGCUGUAACGAUGACGAUCCUGCGCACGUGCAUUUCUAAAGUCAGAAUUUCAACUUUAUAUCUUCAUUUUUUAGUGAUGGAAAUGGGCUGCCAUGGCAUCACGACCAGCUCCUGAGAGGUUAUUUUGCUAGUAAUGGAUUUCAAUUCAGUAUGUUUUGUGUGUGUUCAUUUAAAUGCGUUUCGUAAUUGUUAUCGCACGUGAGUUUUGACACAAUUAGUUUUCACACACGUACAGUACAUUUUUGAGGGCUGCCACUUUAAGUCUACAAGUGGGCGGGAUCGUAUGUGCCACGUCAUUUGACGCGGAACUCGCCUCCGUAACCCAGAACGCAGUGACCGGAGAUGGUCUGUCCGUCUGUCCGCCCCAACGUCCAACCCAGUAGCCGUCCCGUCCAGCGAGAUCCGACGCGCGCGCAGCGUCAUGCCGGUCCCGGCGGUGGCUCAGCCCGUGGUGGACCACCAGAGACGGUUCCAGGCCGCUGUGGACGUCAUCCACAACCUCCCCAAAGACGGUUCCUACCGUCCGUCCUAUGAGGUCAUGCUGCGUUUCUACAGUUUGUACAAGCAGGCCGUGUGUGGACCUUGUUCAGUGCCCCGACCCGGCUUCUGGGACCCAGUGGGUCGCUACAAAUGGGACGCCUGGAGACGCCUGGGAGACAUGAGAAGUGAGAGCGCCAUGGCAGCGUACGUGGACGAGAUGAAGAAAGUGGCACAGGAGGUCGUCGACACGCUGCCCAUGAACGAGAAAACGGCUUCGCUCUUCCACCACUUCGAGCCGCUCUACCUGGUGGUUGACGACAUGCCCCGCCCCCCCGGGUCUCUGCUCGCACUCGCGGCAGGUCUUAAAGGGGGCGAGCGUGCCGAGGAGGGUGAGGAGGGUGAGGAGGGUGAGGAGCCGGCCGCUGAUGAAGACGCCCACCCAGACGAGGAGUCGGGCCCGACUCAGGUCGUAGGCCUCACUGGAAGCACCAUCCCUAAUGGCUCGGGCCCCUGUGAGGGUUUGGCCCCGACCAGUGACUCCGAGAGCGAGAUCUUCUGCGACUCUGUGGAUUCAGUUGAGCAACUCAGCAAUGUUAAGAUUCCUCUGGUCAAGACCAACGGUUUCCACGGCGCCCACGUGUCCCUGGAGUCGGCGCCCGGUCACAGCCAGCAGCCGGAGGGCGCCCUGGGAGUGCGGCAGGUGGGGGCGGGUCAAGGUGGAGAGGGGGCGGAGGACGGAAGGGGUCCAGGUCCAAACAGGAGGGCCCGGGACAGCGGGAGGGAAGGCUCCCUCCACAACUGGAGAGAACGCGGUUUUCUUCAGGCCCGAAGAUGGGGGGGCCCCGCGGGCGGGGGAGGAGGAGGGGCCGGCCGAGGAGGCGGGGACGGUUCAGAGGGCGGAGUGGAGCGGCUGCACGAUGCCCAGCUGCAGCAGCAGAUCAUUCAGGCCCUACGGAGGCUCAGGGAGGACAUGAGGAGCGUGAUGGAGCGGCUGGAGGUGGUGGAGAGGCUCGCCGCCACACACGCGCAGAGCUCGCCGUGGCGCUCGUGUCUCCAGUGUGAAGCCGCAGCCUCCAGGCAGCAGGAGGACAGGUGGGGGCUGUUUGACGUGUCGGGUCAGACCGCCGCGCUCUUCCUGCUGUGGCCCUUCGUCGCUCAGGGUCUGGUCUCGCUGCUGAGAAGAGCCCAGCGGAGGAGUCGCCCGUCGUCCUGAGGCGCCGCGGCAAGACGGGUCAUCCCGUUCUUCAAAUAGGAACGCCAAGGCGGCCUCGGCCCUCCUCACACAUGCACUGAAACCAAGGGAGCCGCCUCCUCCGAGAGGAGACGCACCACCCGGUGGAGGGACCCGCCCACACCCGCUUGAGGGAUUCUAGUACCGGAGCUGAUCAUGAGCGUAAAUUAUUGGUUAUUUAAUCCUUGCAAGACGUGAUCAUCAUGUUCCAUUUACUCACGGAUUCGCACGUCAUCAUUCCACAGGAAUAUUCCACAUGAAUUGUUGGCCUCAGAUUGUUCAGUCAGCGUCUCUUUUCACUGCUCCGUAACUUCAGACCGCCGUGUGCUAACGGGACAAUAAUUCCUUCAAGAUCGGGUCCUCUGAGAUGAUGAUGAGUGUCCCUGAGGCUGCUCAUUCAUAAUAUAAUACUACUGCCUGGCUCAAAGGAAUACAUCUAUAUUGAAUAGAAGGUGGUGGUUUUCUCUUGGUGGUAAACGGGAAGUUUAACGGACAGUAAGAGUGUAGAGGCACAAAAACUGGCAAUAAAUUAUUCUACAUUAUAAACUGGGAUUAUAACUCCUCUUUCCACAGUAUGUUAUGCUGCUCUGUAUUCAGUGGGGAAAAGGUCACUGAUAGAUGUUUUAAGUCUAUUCAGAGAUCCUCUGGAUGUGACACAAUUCCUUUGUGAUGAAUCCAAUGGCAUUCCAGAUUGCAAUAAAAUUUAAAUAGGAAUAAUAUA